CGGACGGCGGCCGUCUGCGAGCGGGGCACACCGGUGCGCUGCGGCCAGGCCAUCCGCCUCACCCACCUGGGCACUGGCCGCAACCUCCACAGCCACCGCUUCGCCUCCCCGCUCUCCGGAAACCAGGAGGUGAGCGCGUUUGGGGAGGCCGGUGAGGGUGACUACCUGGAUGACUGGACGGUGGUGUGCAGUGGGACCUACUGGUCGAGGGACAGCGAGGUGCGCUUCCAGCACGCCUCCACCGACGUCUUCCUCUCGGUGACGGGGGAGCAGUACGGGCGGCCCAUCCACGGGCAGAAGGAGGUGCACGGCAUGGCCACCUCCAGCCAGAAUAACUACUGGAAGGUGAUGGAGGGCAUCUUCAUGCAGCCCAGCGAGGUCUUCAAAGCGGAGCAGUACCACACCGAGUUGUGAUGGACAGACAGACUGUUGCUGAGCCCCCUGGGUGCUGCCCUGCGGUGUUUGGGGCCGCUCAACCCCUGGGGGACUUCCCUGUCCUCGUGUGGGUCUGACACACGCCAGGACGCAGAGCCCUAAAUCCAACAGGAAGCAGAUCCCAAUGUCCUGAAUUUAACACAGAGCAGGUCCCGCUGUCCCAAAUCCAACACAAAGCAGAUCCUGACAUCCUGAAUUUGAUGCAAAGCAGGUCCCAAACCUGACACGAAGCAGGUCCAAACAUCCAGACCUGACCCAGAGCAGAGCCCAGUGUCCAAGAUGCAACACGAAGCAGGUCUCCACAUCCUAAAUCCAGCCCAAAGCAGAUCUUUGUGUCCAGACUGGACCCAAUAUCCCAGAUCCAGCCCGAAGCAGAGCCCCACAUCCUAAAUCCAGCCCCUCGUGUCCAGACCUGACCCAAAGCAGAACCCAGCGUCCAAGAUCCAGCAGGAAGCAGUUUCCUCCCAUCCCAAAUCCAGCGUCCAAUGCCCAGACCUGACCCAAAGCCGAACUACAUCCAGAACCGACCCGAGCAGAUCCCAGAACUCCCCGUCUCCCCUGUAGCUUCGUUCCCCUGCCCAGGGGGUCCCCUCCAGCUGAGGACCCCCCCGGAAAGGGCCACUGUCCCCCGGGAGCUGCGCCCCGGUACCCCCCCCCCCACUU